AUGGGGCGCGUUCGGACAGUCGCUGGAGAGGAGGUACUGACGGAAGAGGAGUUCGCUACAUGGUGGGAGGAGCACCACCUGCAACGUGACAGCUUUGUAAAUGCGCUUAGGCGCCGAGUGGCAGGACAGAUGCAGAUCAGAAACUUUCGGCGUCUCGCCUUGAUCUGCGGGGAGCAGGUGUUGGGAGCAGGGAGCCCAUGGAUGGAUGCAGAGAUGGUGGCCGUUGUUCGGACGUACAGCACGGAUGGCCAGGAUGACUUGCUGCACGCAGCGCGCAACGGUGAAACGCUGGAGGUUGUUCGCCUUUUGGGUAGGCCCUAUGACCCAAACCUCGAGGCCGUUGACGGCAGCACGCCCUUGCAUGGUGCCGCCAUGCAUGGCCACAAAGAUACGGUCUGCUGUUUGGUCGAAGCUGGCGCUGACAAGGACAAGGUCAACCUUCAGGGAAACGCGCCCAUGCACGUUGCUUCCCUGAAUGGCCACAAACACAUCGUAAGUUGCUUGGCGGAAGCUGGCGCUGACAAGGACAAGACCGGCCAUUACGGAGGCGCGCCUAUGCACGUGGCCGCCAAAACGGGCCACACAAACAUCGUGCGUUUCUUGGUGGAGGCUGGCGCUGACAUGGAGAAGGCCAACUACGACGGAGUCACACCUAUGCAUGUGGCAGCCGCACGUGGCCACGAGGACAUCGUGCGCUACUUGGUGGAGGCUGGCGCUUCCAAGGACAAGGCCAACCGAUUCGGUGCCACGCCUUUACGCUUGGCCAUUGAAAACGGCCACAAAGACAUUGCAGAGUUCUUGUUGGCAGCAGGCUUCGCGCCUCCAUGA